ACACACAAUUCACUAGAAGCUUAGUAUACAAUCUACGAGACCACAAUUACAAUGUCGUCACCAAAGACUGUACGCUGGGGUAUCCUCGCGACUGGAGGCAUUGCCCUGACCUUCACUCGGGAUCUUCUCUGCGAUCCUACCACGCGUGGUGUCAAGCAUCUCAAGCACACUGUCGUCGCAGCUGCUUCCUCGUCCUCAGAAUCCCGCGCAAAGGAUUUCCUAAAGGAAGUCGGCGCGCCGUCCGAUGCAAAGGCAUAUGGCUCCUACGAGGAGUUUGUGAAGAACCCUGAUAUCGACAUCGUAUACAUUGCUACACCACACUCGCACCACUACCAGAAUGCUAUGCUCUGCUUGGAGGCCGGAAAGAAUGUGCUUUGCGAGAAGGCCUUCACUGUGAACGCUGCACAAGCGCGCAAGCUGGCGGAGGUUGCCAAGUCAAAGAACCUCUUCUUGAUGGAGGCUGUAUGGACGCGCUACUUUCCACUGUCCAUCUACGUGCGCGAACAAAUCACCGCCGGUCGCAUUGGUCCCGUUGCACGCGUCGUUUCGGACAACAGCAUGGCGCUUGACCCCGAGAACAACUUCCCGGAUGGCAAGAACCGCAUGGUGAACCCCGACCUAGCCGGUGGCGCUCUACUCGACCUGGGUAUCUACGCUCUCACUUGGGUCUUCCAAACCAUGUACCACACGCAGCCUGAAGGGUCGCGCCAGCCACCCAAGCUGAAAGCCUUUGUCAAGAGCUACGAGCCUACCGGCAAAGCCGACGAGCACAGCACUAUGAUUUUGAGUUUCCCUCGCUCAAAAGAGCAAGGCGGUGAAGCACAUGCCGUAGCUACAACCUCGCUCCGCAUUGCCACUGCCCCAGGAGGGAACAUGGACCAGCCUUUUGUCCGCAUCCAAGGUCCCAAGGGUGAGAUCCAAGUCUUUGGGCACUCGUUCCGUCCCCUCUCCACCAAGAUCAUUGGUUUAGACGGCAAGGUCGAGUCGAAAGAGUUUCCCAUUCCGGGCCCAGGUAAGGGAAGUGGAUGGUACAACGGCUUCGGUGGCUCACUCCAAUCAGAAGGCGAAGGCCAGGGCAUGUUCUGGGAAGCUGAUGAGGCGGCGGAUGCGAUUAUCAAUGGCAGGAAAGAGGGACGAUUUUUGGGUCUGGAUGAGAGCGUGCUUAUCAUGGAGGUCAUGGAUGAGGUGAGGAAGCAGGGUGGUCUCGAGUACCCUGAGAAGAUUGAGACGUUGGAUUAUCCGACGAAGUUGUAG